AUUUCCUUUAGACGAGCUCAUGUUACAGCAGCUGAUUUCCGGCGUAGUACACGUCUGCAUACAGUAUCCAGUGUAGUCUGGAGUUAAGCGAUCAGAAAUUCAAUACCAUUAAAUUUGCAGUAUCAUCCUGGGGUUGGUUAUAGAUCAUAUAAAUAUCGAUAAAAGCAUGCAAAGGAUAAAAGCAUAUUGACUACUUGAAGAAUACCAGUGGUGUAAAGUAUAUCGGUUUUAGGUUUUUGUUUACACUGCAGUCAGAUGGGUGAAGUAAGGAAACUCCAAAAGAAGUUAAGGCAAAUUGAGAACUUGGAGAUCAAAUUUUCUCUCACCCCUGAGGAAAAAAUAAAGGUCUCAAAGAAGGCGGAGCUUCGCUCCAGAUUGGCUGAGCUUCUGCUGCAGCUUUCUGGCCCCCAGCAAACUCAAGGAAUUGUGGGAAAAGCGGAGGAUAAAAUGAAAAGACAAGUGGAGGAGGUAACAGAGCAACAUGUUGCUGAGCCUCCUGCACUGAAGAUAGCACGAGAGGAGGGACGAAAGAACAAAGAAAAGGAGGGAUAUAAAACAGAUGGUGGAGAACAAACACGUGCUCCUGCUCCAGUCAGUCCCAAUGAAGAAGAACAAGAAGAUGCUGAGUUCAGAUCUCGAAAACAAUCCUGGGAAAAAGCCAAGUUUCGUCUUCGAUCUCUAGAGGGUCACAGCGAUAUCAUUACUUGUGUGGUCUCUGUUGACAACCUCGUAAUUUCUGGCAGUCGUGAUACAACAGUUAAAGUGUGGCAUGUUCCCACGGCAACAGAACAGCGCAAUUUGGGAGGUCACAGCGGUGGAGUCACCUGUCUUAGUGCACCACCUCCAGAGUACUGCAAGAGAUUGGCACACGAACUCGACUUGCCUGACAAAGAAAGAUUUGUUCUAAGUGGUUCCACAGACUGUUGUGUGAAAAUAUGGGCUUUGAGUUCAGGGCAUUGUGUUAAAUCCAUUUACACAUUCAACGCGGUUACAAGUCUGUGCUUCAUUCCUGAAGGAAGAGGUUUUAUUGUCACUGGUUCAGAUGCUGGGAAGCUGCAGGUGUGGAGCUGGAGCUCACAGGAGAACUGUCAAUCACUGAAUGCUCACCUGGACUCAGUCACAACACUACAGUCCCAGGGUCCUCUGCUGUUCAGUGGCUCCACUGACGGACGCGUGUGUGUCUGGGGAGUGUGUGACGGAGGGCCGGAGCCCCUUCGAAGGUUACAUCUCUGGGGGCCGGAAGUCACAGGGUGUGGUGGAUGUGAUGGGGUGUAUGGGAGGCUGAUCCUGAGCCCACGUGGGGACCGGCUGUUUCUCUCAUGUGGCAGGGCAAGCAUACGAAUCCUUAACUGGAGAACAGGCGUAGUGACCAGGUUAACCAAUCACAGCAGCACUGCGGGUGUCACAGAUUGUGUCAAUCAAAUACCAGGUCUUUUGAUUGGCUCUUGUUUUGACCUCGCCACUGGAGAAAGCACAAUUAACCUGUUUUCCCUUCCCCAGUGUAAAUACCUGGUUUCGCUCACCUCGUCAGAUCUUCCCAGAAUUCUUUGCUUUGCCGCAUGGCUAACAGCAAGCGGGGAUCACCGGUGGGUUACGGGGGGUCGUGACCUCAUCGUUUGGGAGCAGCUUCCAGCUAAUUACAAAAAGAGAGGCGAUGUCGCAGUGAGACGAGACAGCCGAUUGGAAUAUUCUCUUUUGGAUUCUGACAGGGACUCGGAGGGCGACAAUAGCGAUGUGGACUACGAUAAAGACCUCACAUACCAGGACCCACCUGAAACCGAGGAACCCUCAAGUUCUUCAUGGUUGCGUUGCGUUCUUCAGUGAGAGAAAGAGGAGGGGUGAAAGAGAGAAGAAAAGAGAGAGAGCGAGACAAUAUGAAGGUCGAAGGAGGGUUGAAACGAAAGAAAUGCCAAGGAAGAAAAAUAAGAGGGAAGGUCAAGGGAGGAUGAUGGAGUGCACGAAAUAAAAUGUGAGAACUGAAGUGGAACAGAUUGAGUAGAAAAAAGGACAACAGACUGUAAAUGUUUCUGUGUAAAUGUUGAUCCAAUAAAACCUACCACCACAUUA